AUGCUCUCCAAGCCAUUUUCUCUCCCUGAAAUUCUCACAGAGGAACAGGUUGACUCAGCUAUUCAGCAUCUCUCCAAUUUCAUCUCCGACAACGUAAAAAUCAACUCCACAAUCCACAACCCAUCUGACAGAAAAACUGACCUUCCACUAUCGAUCCAAUUCCAAAUAACCAAAAAAUGCAGGCUAAGAUCCAUCUGGCAGAGGACCAGGAACCCGGAUAUAAAAACGCUACUUAACCGACAAAAUCGUUUAGUCAGCGAUCUCCUACAAUCAAAUCGCGACGAAGAGUGGUCCAAUUUCCUGUCCUCAAUCGAUAUUGGUCCCCAAGGGUGGUCCCGACUUUAUAAGCUCAAUAGACGACUUCUCAGGAAAUCUCCAUCUUCCCAUCCACUUAAUGACGAUCAUGGUUUCCUCCACUAUGAUUCACUCGAAAAAGCCAACAUCUUCGCUUCAAGCAUUUAA